AUGUGUGAUGAGCAGCUCACAUGUUACGAACCCGAAGCCAAGGGACAUUUGUUGAAAGGCUUGGACUUCCACAAGUACUACUUCGAUUUGAUGCAGGGCCAAAGUGAUUCUGCGGGCAAGAAGGAAGUUCGACAAACCACCAUGGUGGCACCCAAUAUCACCUGGAUGUGCAAUCGCCAGGCGGCCAUUGUAUGCUUCAAGCGUUUGGUUCAAGCUGGUGUCAACACCAUCGUCACAGAGGAGUCACGAGUUUGGGAAUUCGUUGGCUCUCGAUGGAAGUUGCGACAUUUCCAUCGCUCUCCCGGAGCCAGCUGA